GCUUAUUGUAGGACUAAACAAGUUCAUUGAAGAUGGCAAAAAUGACAGAUUCCAAGUAUUUCAACACCACUAAAAAAGGUGAAAUAUUUGAACUCAAAGCUGAGUUAAACAGUGACAAGAAAGAGAAGAAAAAGGAGGCAGUCAAGAAGGUCAUAGCCAGUAUGACCGUGGGAAAGGAUGUCAGUGCCCUAUUUCCGGAUGUUGUUAACUGCAUGCAGACAGACAACCUGGAACUGAAGAAACUGGUUUACCUUUACCUGAUGAAUUACGCCAAAAGUCAGCCUGACAUGGCCAUUAUGGCAGUGAAUACAUUUGUAAAGGACUGUGAAGAUACCAAUCCUCUGAUACGAGCAUUGGCCGUGAGGACGAUGGGCUGUAUCCGGGUGGACAAGAUCACGGAGUACCUGUGCGAGCCCCUGAGGAAAUGCUUAAAGGAUGAGGACCCGUAUGUACGGAAGACGGCAGCUGUGUGUGUAGCCAAACUUCAUGACAUCAACGCCCAGCUGGUUGAGGACCAGGGAUUCCUCGAUCUGCUCAGAGACCUACUGUCCGACUCAAACCCUAUGGUUGUGGCUAAUGCUGUGGCAGCCAUAUCUGAAAUCCUGGACACAUCACCCUCUGCACAUGGCAUGCUGGACAUGAACUCUAGUACAAUCCACAAGCUACUGACCGCUCUGAAUGAGUGCACAGAGUGGGGUCAGGUAUUUAUCCUGGAUUCCAUAUCUAACUACACCCCUAAGGAUGACAAAGAGGCUCAGAGUAUCUGUGAGAGGGUCACACCACGUCUGGCCCAUGCUAAUGCCGCUGUCGUCCUGUCAGCUGUAAAGGUAAUUCUGAAGUUGAUGGAGAUGAUGGAACAGUCGGGGGAUUAUGUGUCCGUGUUACAAAAGAAACUGGCACCCCCACUUGUGACCCUCCUGUCUGCUGAGCCAGAGAUACAGUAUGUGGCCCUGAGGAACAUCAACCUCAUUGUGCAGAAGAGGUCGGACAUCCUGAAGCAUGAGAUGAAAGUGUUCUUUGUGAAGUACAACGACCCGAUCUACGUGAAGCUGGAGAAGUUGGAUAUCAUGAUUCGUCUGACCAACCAGGCUAAUAUUGCCCAGGUGCUGGCUGAGCUCAAAGAAUAUGCCACCGAGGUGGAUGUGGACUUUGUCCGUAAAUCUGUCCGUGCAAUUGGUCGUUGUGCCAUCAAAGUGGAGCAGGCUGCCGAGAGGUGUGUAAGCACGCUGCUUGACCUCAUCCAGACAAAGGUCAACUAUGUGGUGCAGGAAGCCAUUGUUGUCAUAAAGGAUAUUUUCCGUAAAUACCCAAACAAGUAUGAGAGUAUCAUUGCCACGCUGUGUGAGAAUCUGGACACACUGGACGAGCCAGAAGCUAGGGCCUCCAUGAUUUGGAUCAUCGGUGAGUACGCGGAGAGGAUUGACAACGCUGACGAGCUUCUGGAGAGUUUCUUGGAGGGUUUCCAAGACGAGAACACACAGGUGCAGCUCCAACUGCUGACUGCCAUCGUCAAACUCUUCCUCAAGCGUCCCACAGACACCCAGGAACUGGUACAGCAGGUGCUUAGCCUGGCCACACAGGACAGUGACAAUCCUGACCUGCGUGACCGUGGCUACAUCUACUGGCGCCUACUGUCCACAGAUCCAGCUGCUGCUAAGGAGGUGGUUCUGGCGGAGAAGCCUCUGAUUUCAGAGGAGACGGACCUGAUCGAGCCAACACUGUUAGACGAGCUCAUCUGCCACAUCUCCAGCCUCGCCUCUGUCUAUCACAAACCACCCAAUGCGUUUGUCGAGGGACGAGCCAGCUUGAGGCGGGCCCUACCUCCAAGAUCUACGUCGGGUGGUGCUCUGGCUGAUGAUGCUGCCCCCACCCCUGCUGACCUCACAGGUCAGCCUGCCGCCCCACAGCCCACAGUCAUCCCGGGGGCAGACUCCCUCAUCGCUGACUUGCUGGACAUGGACCUUGGGCCGCCGAUGGGCAUGCACCAGCAGCAGAUGUAUACCCCGACCACCCAGCAGCCUGUCCAGAGCGCCGGGGGCAUGGACUUGCUGGGGGAGGGACUGGAUAGCCUGCUUGGGCCCACCUCCGGCCCCCCAGACCUGGGAGGACUUAGUGAUAUCUUUGGUCUGGUCUCUUCUGCACAAGCCUAUGUACCACCACAGGAGGUGUGGCUCCCAGCUUCUAAGGGCAAAGGGAUGGAAGUAUCGGGAACGUUUGCCAGGAAGCAGAACCAGAUCUUUAUGGAAUUGUCCUUCACAAAUAGAGCCAUGCAGUCCAUGGGAGAGUUUGCAGUGCAAUUUAACAAGAAUAGUUUCGGUUUAAUGCCAGCGUCCCCAUUACAAGUACAGAGCCCCUUACUCCCCAACCAGACAGCUAAUGCAUCCUUACCCCUCAAUACACUAGGCCUAGUACAGAGAAUGGAGCCACUCACCAAUUUACAGGUGGCCAUCAAGAACAACAUUGAUGUGUUUUACUUUAGCUGCACUCUGCCCAUGCAUAUCCUGUUUGUGGAGGAUGGGGAGAUGGAGAAGAGAAUAUUCCUGGCCACGUGGAAAGACAUUCCAGCUCAGAAUGAGGUUCAGACCACGCUAAAUAAUGUGCAGCAUAAUGCAGAUACUGUAUCCCAGAAGUUACGUAACAACAACGUGUUUACGAUCGCCAAGCGGAAUGUGGAGGGUCAGGACAUGUUAUACCAAUCCCUCAAACUAACCAAUGGUAUUUGGGUGUUAGCUGAACUCAAGAUACAACCAGGCAAUCCACACUUCACGCUUUCCCUGAAGGCGAGAGCCACAGAUGUUUAUCCAGGGGUGCAGCAGGCAUACAAGACCAUUCUGGACAAUUGAGCAGAGCUUGGGGUGAGCUUGGGGGGCGGGGACUAGAUUGGGUAGCUGUGGGCUGUGAUUAACAGCUGAAUGUCUCUUAACAUACGCGCAGAUAUGAAAACCUCACUGUGGUAUGAACGCAUUCUGAGACUGAAAAUAGGGACUUUGUUAAUGGGUGAUGUUCAUAUUCAAAAGGAUGAAACAAAUCCAUCAUGUAAGAAAGGCACUAAAAGCGAGAUUUACAGAACCAACUUAGGGAAUUCAAAUUCUCAAAGAUAAUGUAUAGCUAGUCCUGUUGUGAGAGAUUCUCGCUGAAAUGUUCCAUUACAAGUUGCUUUGUCAUGUUGACAUGUCUAUCUGGCUUUGGUUAUGUAUGUGAUAGCGGUAUAUCCACACUUUUUAGCGCGGCUUACUGUGAAGUGGUAUCGUGUUCAACAAGAAUCAAAUAAAUACUGUGAAAUAUCAUCUCGAAGAUAAGUAGGAAAACAGUUUAGGAAGGGUCGCAGUUUGUUCUUGAUAGAUGAUAUGUUAAGACAGAUUUUAGAAUCAUAAAGAUAGAAACGUUUGUCUGCUGACAUUCACGUCUUUCAAUGAUACAUGGUUUGAAGAGUCAUACGCAAAUGUUACAAUGGGGUAUUGUCUAUUAUGGUUCAGGAAUAAACAAAACUAAGUGUUCUAAAGAUUCUUCUGAGGUUUCCCUGGACUCCGGGUAAGUCUACAAUAGUGGAAUUCAGGUGAGGGAUAUAGAGAGUAAAUCCAUCUUCAGACGAAUAGUGGAGCUCCAUGGGAGGCUGUUGUAAAUUAGCUCUAAAUUCAGGACUGAUAUUUGUAAAGUGGAGUGCAUGUGUAAAUUCUGAAAAUGGAAGCAUAACUGAGAAGUUGUUCUUCAAAUGGUACUGGUGAUUAUGUAUAUGGCAUUACUCGUCAUACUCCAGUCGUAUUAUGUACAUAAAAUGUAAUGUAUAAUAAAUAAUCUAUGUAUGUAAACAAA